UGUUAUUCCACCUCUAGAGCAGCAGCAAAACAUAAGUAAAAUUCGCUUAACUAAUAGAAAGCUCGGUGAAAAUCGUAAAAAAAAGUUCGCUUGGCCGUGGAAGUAUUUCUAAUCAGCAAAAGAGGAAAUCGCAAUUUAAUACUGCAAGGAUGAGUGCGUCUAGUGAAGGUGGUACAGGGGGAGUACCAGUGGGUGGAAGUACAGCUACAGCGCCAUCAGCCCCCUUGAAAACCAUUAAGAUACGCCCCCAACAACUGCAUCCCCAUGCACUGCCAUCGUUGACAUUGCUGCCAUCUUUAUAUCCAUCAUCAUCAUCAUUAUUGGCAGCCACUGGAACAAUGUCCGCCUCCGCAAACGCCUCCGCAUCUGCAUCCGCAUCCGCAUCCGCAUCCCUGGUAUCGCACUCACAUCCGCCCCUGCAACUGCGCGGCGUCAUAAACAAGUACUCAUUGCCAUCCCAUUUGCCAUCCUCUGCAGCGCACUCCUCGGUGGCCGCCAAGAUUACGCACGUGAAAUCGGACGGCAGCGGUGGGAUAUCCAUUUCGGGAACACCGAUCCUCAGCGGUGGCACCAUCAAAGUGGCAGCAGCCAAUCCCGUGCAGCAAACAUCUCUGGGCACACCGAUUGCGUUGAAUGCAGGACAAGCCACUACGGCGGCCUCCAUACGAGCCAUUGGGGCAGGUGGCCAGUCCACGCAAGUCCGGGUGGUGAUGCCCAUGAUCAAGCAGCUGGAGAAUGUCACGGCCACGGGAAGGACCCAGAUUACGGCCAUACCAGCUGCGCCGGCGAGGAGUGGGGCAAAUGCAUCGAUCACCGUGACCAGGCCGGUGACCCAGGCCACAUAUCUGCCGCGAGCCAGUGUGACGGCCACCCAGAUGGGAGGCGUUGGUGUGGGAGUUGGCCAGCGGCUUGUGACGCCCCUGAGAGCCACAUCAUCGGCCACCGUGACGCAAACGGCACCGACAGUUCUCAGCUCCACCGGAGGAUUUGUUCGCGGGGCGACCGCCUCGGUGAGCAGAGGUGGCGUGGCGCUCUCAACGCAACCACCAUCGGCGGUGAUCUCGUCCAGCAAUAGUGCUGCUUGGAUGCAAGGUCCCACGGGACAGGUGCAACUGAUCCGUGCCAUUCCGCAGCCACGCCAGAGGAUUAUAACGACAUCUGCGAGCAUGUCCAAUGCCAGUGUGGUGACCACCACUCCAGUGCAGGCGCCAACAGCACUAUCCGUCUCUGCUGGCCAGCCCUUGACGCCACAACAAGCCACGGGGCCUGGCGGAGGUCCUCAGGCUUAUAUGGCCACUGUAUUGCCCCAACGGCAGCACCAGGCCACUCUAGUUUACUCCUCCAAUGUGUCCGCGCCCAAUGUGAGCCAGAAUCCCGGGCAGCAAUUUAAUCCUCGCUUUGCAGUGGCCACGCCCGCGGGUGGAGUAACGACCACGACUCCCGGAGGAACUACUGUGACACCUCGACACGUGCGUCCCAUUCCGUUGGGCAAAAGUUUUCCGGGCGGCAAGCUGAACACCACGAGCAUAAGCAUCCGGGCUCCAAGCAUCCCUCAGCUAAAUACCAGCGUUACGGCAUCGCCAACACCGGUCAGUGUUUCCGGCGGAGCAACAGUGGCGCCCGGGCGGGGUCCUGGUGCUGGGGGAACUGCUCUGACGACCACCAGUUUGCCAACCACGCGGAUCAUCCAACUGCAGCCGCCAGCGACUGGGACCACUCAGCAGAUCAUCGGAUCCGCUACCCGACUGGGCGGGAAUGUAAUGCUGCAACCCUUCUUGAUGAGCACCACCGCGGCCGCUAAGAUCGGCAUACGACCACCUGUUACCAUGACCGCAAAAGUCCAACCAUCAUUGACCAUUACGCAGCUAAAUCCGAUAGGAAAGGUGUCGACCGCCGGAGGAGCUGGUGCGCCCACAAUGGCACCGCAGGGCGUGGCCAGUAUCCAGGCGGUACCAGUGCCGAAUGUCUCCGCCAGUGUGGUUAAUCCCAGUUCAGUGGCUGGGGCCACUUCGGCAGCUGGAGGAGCCACUGUCCUGCCGUUGACCGUCAGCGGAAGAGGAGGAGCAGUGGGUCCAGGUGGUAACAUCCUCACGGGCACUCUGACGCCCAUCAAGAAUGCGCACGGCAUUACUCUGGGCAAGAUGAUGAUGACACCGGCCACAGCGGCGCCUGGUGGAGAUUCAUCUGGCACUAGCGGAGCCACAGUCACGGGUUUCCAACGCACAUGGAAUCCGGUGGUGGCUUCACAGAGCCAGUUGAUGAAGAUAGAUGAGAAGGGAAGUGCUGCCACGAUUUACUACGAAUCCAUGCCGGCCUCCGCCUCCACGGGGGUUCUAUCAUUGACCACGACCACAGUGACGCAGAGCACCCAGGCUCAGGCACAACUGGUUAGCAGCGCCGGCGGCAGCAGUUUGUCGGUGUCUUCGCUGCCCUUCGGCAGUCAUGCGCCCACUGGAGCGGGAUCAGCGGGUACCGGAUCUCAGGCCACUUUUACUGUAUUGCCGUCAGGUGCCGGAGGAGCGGCCACCCGGACGAUUGGUCACCAGCAACUCAUUAUACCGGCAGGACCAAACAGUGCGCCGCCGCAACACAUGGUUAUCCCGCUGCAUACAUCCGUGAAGGUGACAACGGGGGCGGGCAAUCCGCAACAGGCAGCAGGAAGUGCAGCGCUGGUGUCCAGUUUCAUGCGCAAGCGGGAUGCAGACGGUUCGCCCAUUCGCGCGGCCAAGAAUCUGGGACCCACCUUACUGUCGAUGGCAAGUAACACCAGUGGUCCAAAUAUGACCCCUGCUCCGGGCACAACUUUCAAUAUCCAGCCAGUGUCGGUGGCGGUGCCUCCGUCCGUCGGCUCCGGACUCACUGUGGAAGCGUUGGCCAAGAAAGAACGCGAGCGCGUGGCGCAUGGAGUGGCAAGCAGUGCGACCAGUGUGGCAGCCACAGUGGGCACCGUCUCCUCAACGCGAGCGACCCGGGCAGAGUCGCCAGAUUCGUCAGAUGGCUCAACCACAGUGUCGGCCAAUUCCUCGCCUGGUGUCGACCAGCAGUUGCAGGACAGGAUUGGAGAUCCACCAGUAACUGGAGGUGCAAGUGGGCGCGAUAAUUCCACACAUUUUAAUCCCAUCACUGAGUUGUACUCUUCGCAUCAAUCGAUGCAGCAGAACCUUGGCCUCUCCUCACUUGGAGGACGCAGUGGAAGCAGUGCCUUUGUGGACGUGCAAGCGCCAACGCCCCAGCAACAGCAACCUCAGCAGCAGGCGCCUCAUCUGGUGGGAUCUGCGCAAUUGAUGCAGCAGGCGGGUACGCGUAUGAAUGGCACUGGCAAUAGCUCCAGCUCCAGCUACGAUUGCUCCUCCAGGAAGAAGCCGCGUCGAUCAACCAAUGACAGCCAGCACUCCACGCAGAGCCAGGCAUCUUUGUCGCUACCUCCACCCAGUGCAGAAGCAACGCCGCCGGCUGGCGCAUCCUACAUGCAGAAACACAACAAUGGAGGUCUGCUGGUAACAGCGGCGACCCCGGGAGUCGCUCCCAAUAGUGCGCCGGGCGAUGCCAAUCAUCGAAGCAGUGCACCCGCUGUGACGGGCAACAAGGAGAAUGCCAAUCCGGUGGACUUUGUGAUACGCCGUCCGCGCAAUUGUGCGUUGCUUAAUACAUAUAAACCCACCCACAAGUUGGCCAACAACCAUUUCCAUCGCUAUACGGAUGUGAAGCCAAGGGAGGAGCGACGUGCCACAGUAAUUGAUCUAGCCAAUCAACCAAAUGUCCAGGGAAAGAUUAAUGGGUGGAAAAUUUAUCAUUUGCGCUCCCAAAUGGAGGACUUGAAUGAAUCAGAGGUUUUCAGUCUGGGAAAACUCGAGACAAUGCUGCAAGAACUGGAAAAGGACAAGGAAAAGCACAGCGAAAUGGAACGUGUCACCGAACUGCUGAAGGGCAACAUACAGCGCAGCAAGAUCAUCACCGAUGGCAUCAACGAGGCGCAGAAUCAGUUAAUGAAGAUCUUCGAGCACAAGCCACACGUCUCGGACAUUAUUAACCGAUGUGCAUCCAAGCGCAACUUUAAGAAGCGCGAAAAGAUCUAAAAUCCUUUGACAGAAGGAAGCUCAGCCAACUGAACUGUACAUUGCCUAAUUUAAGCAAACAUAUAAGAUUAAAACUAAUUACCUUAAACGCGUUCGAUUUGUAAGACGUACAAUUACAAAGAAACCAGCAAUAUUUUUUCAGUUUAUUAAGUCGGAAACAAAAAUACAAAGCACUCGAGUUGUA